UUUCUCUCUUUCUCUUCUAAAGAUUUAUCAGUUUCACAACUCAGCUAACAUGGGAAGGUUGCCGUUUCUUUUGGCGCUCUUCUACUGCUUCCAUGUUGUUGCCUUCUGCUUUGGGGAUGGAUCAGUGGUAAAUGGAGAGUUUGAGCUCGGCCCAAAGGCACGGGACAUGAAGGGCACGGUGGUGACUGGGGGACCCCACGCCAUACCUGGGCGGGAGAUCUCUGGCUAUGUUGAGUACAUAAAAUCAGGGCAGAAGCAAGAUGACAUGUUGCUUGUGGUGCCAAAUGGAGCUUAUGCGGUGAGGCUUGGCAACGAGGCCUCUAUUAAGCAAAAGAUAAAAGUGGUGAAGGGAAUGUUCUAUUCAAUAACGUUUGUGGUAGCACGCACUUGUGCACAAGAGGAAAAGCUCAACGUGUCUGUGGCUCCAGACUGGGUGGUUCUCCCAAUGCAAACUGUGUAUGGUGGAAAUGGUUGGGAUGCUUAUGCAUGGUCCUUCCAAGCAGAUUACCCUCUCUCAGACAUGGUUUUUCAUAACCCAGGGAUGGAAGACGACCCUGCCUGUGGACCAAUCAUUGAUUCUAUUGCUCUCCAUGCUCUCUACCCUCCUAGACUAACUACCAAGAAUGUAUUGAAGAAUGGUGGGUUUGAAGAAGGACCAUAUGUGUUUCCGAACAUAUCAUCGGGUGUGCUUAUCCCACCCAAAAUUGUAGACCUCAGUGACCACUCUCCCCUACCGGGAUGGGUGGUGGAGUCCCUAAAAGCUGUUAAAUACAUAGACUCGGAGCAUUUCUCAGUUCCUGAAGGGAAAAGAGCCGUGCAGCUGAUAGGAGGAAAAGAAAGUGCCAUUUCACAAGUGGCCAGAACCAUUCCUGGGAAAACGUACGUCCUCUCCUUUGUUGUGGGAGAUGCUGGUGAUUCGUGCGAAGGGUCGUUGAGUGUUGAAGCAUACGCAGGCAAAGACAGUGUGAAGGUGCCUUACCAGUCCAAAGGCAAAGGUGGAUUUAAGCGUGCAAGUCUCAAGUUUGUAGCUCUUGGUAUAAGAACGCAUAUUGUGUUCCUUAGCACCUUCUACAGCGUUAGAAGCGAUGACCACGCUUCGCUGUGUGGACCUCUGAUCGAUGAUGUAACCUUGAUCAGUCUUCGUAAACCUUAGGUGAUAGGACAAUGAUAUUUUCACAAUACUUUUUUACAAUUUUUUUAUAACGGGA